AAAAGAGUGUAACAAUCGGGGAGUAAAAGUCGAGCAGACAACAGUUCUGCUUACAAGUCGUUUGAAGAUAAUCGCAUAAAAUGAGUUCGCCAUUAGCUCCGGACGUUGCCUAUGCGGCAUCUGAGCUAAAUAAUUAUCCGAUACCGAGUGUACCAUGUUCGUCACCCUUCGCAAGCGGACUCACGUUGACGGAUGUCUGCUCCGCAAGUUCCGGAAACUUAUUGCUGAGUCUGCUGACCACGUUAGCUACUUAUAGUGAUGUCAUUAAUGGUUGUUGUGAACGUAUCACGCCUGAAACGAAGUCGGGUCACUUGAAUGGCCUUUUCGACUUUAUUGUCGUCGGAGGAGGCGCAGCUGGCCCAGUCGUGGCUUCUAGGUUGAGCGAGAUAAGCAACUGGAAGGUACUUCUCGUGGAAGCCGGACCGGAUGAACCAGCUGGCACACAAAUACCGAGCAAUCUUCUACUCUAUUUGAACACGGAUUUGGAUUGGAAAUAUAAAACCCAGAAUGAAACGCACGCUUGUUUGAACAACGGUGGUAGCUGUAGCUGGCCAAGGGGUAAAAAUCUCGGCGGAUGCACUUCCCAUCACGGCAUGGCGUAUCAUCGCGGCCACAAGAUGGAUUAUACCAAAUGGGUCCAUAAGGGAAAUCUAAACUGGUCGUGGGAUCAGGUGCUGCCAUACUUUUGGAAGUCGGAAAAUAAUGAACAGAUUGGAACAUUGGUAUCACCAGAUUAUCACGUGACUGGAGGUCCGAUGACGGUUGAAAGAUUACCCUGGGCGCCGCAAUUCGCUGAAGACGUACUGACCGCGGCGAAGGAUAAUCCCAAAGAGUUUGGAAUCACCAACGACUUGGUAGGCGACAAAAUCACAGGAUUCGCCAUCGCACAGACGAUAAGCAAAAAUGGCGUCAGGCUCAGCGCUCCUAGAGCUUUUCUAUGGCCGAACAGAAAUCGAAAAAAUCUAUUCGUAGCGCUGAAUGCGACCGCGACGAAAAUUCGCACGACUGGUUCGGGAACGAACUUAAAAGCUACAGGAAUCACUUUCACUAUGAAUGGGAGAACAUACAACCCAAACGUGAGAAAGGAGGUGAUCCUUUCGGCCGGUUCGAUAAACUCGCCUCAGCUUCUGCUUCUGUCGGGCAUCGGACCGAAGAAUCAGCUAACUAAUCUGGGGAUUCGGUCGGUUCUCGAUCUGCCAGGAGUCGGCGAGAAUCUUCACAAUCAUCAGUCGUACGGCAUAGAUUUCAGUCUCAAGACGGAUAAAAUAGACGAGCUAAAUAUGACAACUGCUUAUGAAUAUUUGAACACUCAAACUGGUCCGAUGUCGUCAACGGGUUUGGCUCAACUCACAGGAAUCCUAUGGUCUAACUAUACCACCGCAGAGGACCCGGACAUUCAGUUCUUCUUCUCUGGUUACCAAGCUGUCUGUGAUACGGGCACGAGGAUUCCGGAAUUGACACAGCACGGCACGAAAGAGAACGUUAGAAUUACUUCCGUAAAUAUACAACCGCGCAGUAGAGGCCGACUCACGCUUGCAUCAAAAGAUCCGACGGUCCAUCCGAACAUCUGGGGUAACGAUCUGGCGGACCCGGUCGACAGAUCGAUCGUUAUCCAGGGUAUUGAGAAGAUCUUAGUAUUAUCGAAGACAAAACCAUUGACCACAAAAUAUCUUUUGACGAGAAUAGAGGAAACUGCCCCGGCAUGCAAAAACUACAAAAUCGACUCAUAUGAAUAUUGGGACUGUCAAAUCCAAUGGAACACCCGGCCCGAAAAUCACCAAUCAGGCACUUGCAAAAUGGGUCCAUCUUCGGAUCCCAUGGCUGUUGUUAGCCCAUAUCUAAAAGUGCAUGGUAUAAAAGGAUUGAGAGUAGCUGACGCAUCCAUUAUGCCGCAGGUGAUCUCCGGAAAUCCUGUUGCUGUAGUCAACAUGAUCGGCGAAAGAGCUGCUGAUUUUAUCAAGACCGAUUACGGUAUGAAUGACAUUUAGACGAAUAUUAAUGUAUAGAAUGUUCGAAUUUUUUUGUCUGUUAAUGAAUUAUGAAUAAAAUCGAUCUCUUUCCGGUAUCCGAA